AUGAAGAGAGAUCUUGGCGCCCUUUUCCAAGCUGCAAACCUGGAAAACAAAAAACGCCAUAAAAAACAUCCCAACGUCAAGCGUUUUUCUCCUCUACCAAACACGCAAAAAGUCGACAACGCCAGCGAGCCCGCAAGCCAGCCGCAGGAAGAGCUUGCAAGUCAAUGGCCGGUUGAACAGAGGCAGCGUGAGGCUACAUGGCUGCUUAGCUGCGUACAGACAGACACACACAGAGAGAGAGACAGACAGACAGAGUGCUGGGGAUCGGGCUUGCAUAGCUACCUUCCAGUUUCGACCGCCUCUUUCACCACCCUCCUCCUACUUGCUCUAUCAUGGCCGGCAAUGCAGCGCGGAGCCGCUCUGGCUCUGGCGCCUCUCACUACGGAACGGGCGACGACGAAGGCUCUGUGCUGGGAACAGGGCUUACUGUGA